AAUCAAUAGUUUGCUGAAUAAACCAGAGAGUCACCUGAGACGCAGAGAUGUUGGAAGAAGAUAUGGAGGUGGCCAUCAAGGUGGUAGUGGUAGGAAAUGGAGCUGUUGGGAAGUCCAGUAUGAUUCAGCGAUAUUGCAAGGGGAUUUUUACAAAAGACUACAAGAAAACUAUUGGUGUAGAUUUCCUGGAAAGACAAAUCCAAGUCAAUGAUGAAGAUGUCAGGUUGAUGUUAUGGGACACUGCAGGUCAAGAAGAAUUUGAUGCAAUAACUAAGGCUUACUACAGAGGAGCCCAGGCUUGUGUUCUUGUGUUUUCUACAACUGACAGGGAGUCCUUCAAAGCAAUCCCUACCUGGAAGGAAAAAGUUGUGACCGAAGUUGGAGACAUUCCCACAGUUCUUGUGCAGAAUAAGAUCGAUCUGCUUGAUGACUCUUGCAUAAAGAAUGAGGAGGCAGAAGCACUGGCAAAGAAGCUCAGAGUAAGGUUCUACCGAGCGUCUGUGAAGGAAGACCUGAACGUCACGGAAGUUUUUAAGUAUUUGGCUGAUAAAUAUCUUCAAAGGCUCAAGCAACAGACAGCUGAAGAUUCAGAACUAGUACAUACAAGCAGUAACAAGAUUGGUGUGUUUAAUACAGCUGGUGGAAGUCACUCCAACCAAAACUCUAGCACUCUUAAUGGUGGAGAUGUCAUCAACCUUAAACCAAACAAACAGAGGACCAAGAAACACAGAAGCCCUUUUAGCAACUGCAGCAUACCUUAGACCACUUUGGGGAGGAAAUAAAGCAGCCCAGUGCAUUGGAUGAAGUUGUGCAAUUGAAUACAGAAUAAAACCAGCUGUAGAGGUAUUUUUCCCAGUGCUUUAGCAAAUCUUGUGCCUGUGGGAUCCUUGGCAGAGGGUGGAUUUCAACUUGCUGCUGCUGUGGGUUUGGUGUGUGGCGUGAGACACCUGGUGGCAACACACAGAGCCGUGGCUGCCCCAUGCACUUUUUGUAAAAAAUUA